AUGAGGCUGGGAAGACAUUCUUCUGCUGACGCCUGGACCAGCCACCACAUUCUCAACGCGCAGGUGUCGAUCCGGUCACCAUGCUGUCGAAAAUGGUUUGACUGUGUUGAAUGCCACCGCGAACAGGAAAGCCAUGAGCUCCUGCAGUCCUUUGAGAUGACAUUUGCAUGCAAGAAAUGCAAGAAAUGCUUCCGAAAGGACGCUUCAGAAUUUGAGGAGAGUGAUGAGUAUUGCCCCCAUUGCGAUAACCAUUUUGUAAUCGAAGCUGUCACACCCAAACCCGCCCUCAAGAUCGAAGGAGAGGACGUUCGCGUCGACUCCAGAAUGCUGAAGGACGAGAGAGUACGCCAGGAAUCGCAAAGAUCUAUCUUCGAUGUAAAGGAGGCUCCGAAUAAAUUGGGAUAG